AUCCAGACCAAACUCACUCGGAAAGUGGAUACAUUUUUCCCGCUUGCUCAACGAGACCUCACCAUUUCCAAUUAUUUUCAGCUAAACAGGAAAUAAGUUCCAGAUCCACCUCUAGCCUACCAUGUCUGAACCAGGUUGUGGUGUUCCAGCCCAGAGAAGCUCACAGCAGAGUCCAGAGUUGCUGUCAGUGAAGCUGGGGGACUGUAGUCAAACAGUCGAACUCAAUGUGAUUGUCAAAGACGAGGAGGAGGAGAGAGAAAUCAAUGAGGGGGAGGAGGAAGAGCGAGAGGAGGACAGGGCCUCUGUUGACUCAGGAGGGAUCCCCAAACCAGACUCAGUCAACGAGCCCAGUUCCACAGAAUCAAUACUACCACCUGGUUGUGGGAGUUACCCCUGUCCUCAAUGUGAGAAGAGUUUCAGUUCCUCAACUAACCUAAAGAAUCAUCAAAGAGUACACACUGGAGAAAAACCUUUUGACUGCUCAGCAUGUGGGAAGAGUUUCAGUGAGAAAGUAAACCUUAAGAGACAUGAGAGAGUACAUAGUGGAGAGAAGCCUUACCACUGCACCCAAUGUGGGAAGAGCUUCAAUCAUUCUGGAAGCCUUAAGGAACAUGAGAGAAUACAUACAGGGGAGAAGCCUUACCACUGCUCUCUGUGUGGAAAGAAUUUUCGUGUCGCAGGAGGCCUAAAGAAUCAUCAGAGAUCACACAGUGGAGAGAAGCCUUACCACUGCACUCAGUGUGGGGAGGGAUUCACUCAGCUAAGAAGUCUUAAAAAUCAUGAGAGAAUACCCAUUGGAGGGAAGCCUGCCUGUCCUUUCAAUGUAAUUGUACAAGAGGAGGAGGGUGAGAGGGGCAUCGAUGUGGAGGAAAAGAGAGAAGUUGAGGGAGAGGAGGACAAAAGUGGUGUAGUAAACAGUGCAUGUCAAAGCAAAAACCAAACCAUGAGGUCGAAGGAAUUGUCCGUAGAGCUCCGUGACAGGAUUGUGUCGAGGCACAGAUCUGGGGAAGGGUACCAAAAAAUUUCUGCAGCAUUGAAGGUCCCCAAGAACACAGUGGCCUCCAUCAUUCUUAAAUGGAAGAAGUUUGGAACCACCAAGACUCUUCCUAGAGCUGGCCGCCCGGCAAAACUGAGCAAUCGGGGAGAAGGGCCUUGGUCAGGGAGGUGACCAGAACGUUACGGUAACCGUAUUACCGCCACACUGGGGUUCAUGAUGGCGGUUUAGUCACAGUAAUUAGGCUUCUCCGAGCUUUGAUGCAGCUGAUGGUCAUUACUAGCCACCAAACUUUCUUAACUGCCUGGUACUCAGCACUCUGUUGUCCCUCUAAUCACUCUGGGAUCAAUGCAAAUGUAUUCCAACAUCUAAUCAAACACUUCAUGAUAAUGGUCCAUUCUAAAUCAAAACUAAACUAAUUUCACACAUUAUUUUGUAAAUGUAAAGACAACUUUAAUAUCAAGAAUAGUCUGAUAGGUGACAAUGUCAGCUUGUGGAUGAUGUAUUGUCACUUGUGGAUGAUGUGUUGUCACUUGUGGAUGAUGUGUUGUCACUUGUGGAUGAUGUGUUGUCACUUGUGGAUGAUGUGUUGUCACUUGUGGUGAUGAUGUGUUGUCACUUGUGGUGAUGAUGUGUUGUCACUUGUGGAUGAUGUGUUGUCACUUGUGGAUGAUGAUGUGUUGUCACUUGUGGAUGAUGAUGUGUUGUCACUUGUGGAUGAUGAUGUGUUGUCACUUGUGGAUGAUGAUGUGUUGUCACUUGUGGAUGAUGAUGUGUUGUCACUUGUGGAUGAUGAUGUAUUGUCACUUGUGGAUGAUGAUGUGUUGUCACUUGUGGAUGAUGAUGUGUUUCCACUUGUGGAUGAUGAUGUGUUUCCACUUGUGGAUGAUGUGUUUCCACUUGUGGAUGAUGUGUUUCCACUUGUGGAUGAUGCCCAGCUCGUGCAGUAAGGCAAGAAACAGUGUAUGCCUUUUUUAUUUGUGACUUUUUCAAAUCAUAGUCGCACACCUCAUGAAGCCAAGCCCACAGGCCUAUAUGUUCUGAUAAGGUUUGUAUCACAACUAAAGUGGCCAAAUCACUUCUUAUAAUUAAGCACAUUAAUCCGCUUUAUAACUGGCGUAGAGCCUAACUGGCAUACAUUGGCUGCCCACAUUUUUUUAUGCUUUCGAGAAGUGUUAUCCCGCUAAUUGAUUUCAUUUUUGUAACAUCGGCUCUUAUAGCCUACUGAGGUUUGUGCAUUCCUACGCUCAUAAUGUGGUGAAAUAGCCUGAUAGUUUAUUAUCAUUUUAAGCUAAAUGUUCCGAGCUGUUGCAUCAGCCUCAAGUGGUUGUAUUAAUUUGGGAUCUAUCGCAUCCCACAACUGUCCCAGAGUAUGUUUGGCAUAUUUAUUUCUUGCACAGAAGGACAAAUUGACCAAUAGAAUAGGUAAACUUUUGUACUAUGGGGGAUAGUAGAUUGACAUAGGCAAGUGAUUUUGCUGUUUGUUAGGCCUCCUCAUCUUGUUGGUUGACGUAAAGUAGGCUAAAUGUGGACCGUUCUAACUUCUUCAAUAUGCGCCAUGGAAUUCGAAAAAGAGGGGCUUGCGCAGUUUUAUUUUACCUUUAUUUAACCAGGGAAGUCAGUUAAGAACAACUUCUUAUUUUCAAUGACGGCCUAGGAACUGUGGGUUAACUGCCUGUUCAGGGUCAGAACGACAGAUUUGUACCUUGUCAGCUCGGGGGUUUGAACUUGCAGCCUUCCGGUUACUAGUCCAACGCUCUAACCACUAGGCUACCCAUCCCCCCCAAUGUAUCUGUCUUCACUUGUAGCCUAGUUCUCAGCUGAAAUUCUCACGAGAAGGACCAGAUCACGUGACGGGCGUUGGCUGAUAGGAAUGUAGAUAUCUGAGAGAGCCAUGUGAGUGAAGUGCUUCGGCGAACGGCAGCUGGGAGAAGGGAAUUAUAAUUGUUAUAUUCAGCCCAAACGCACCGUGAUGCAUUUACGUCCACACAAGG